UCAGGUUUUUGGUUUAUAAACAUGAUUUUACUAAGAAAUGAGAUUGAGGAAGAUGUCAUUCUUAUAUAUAUAUAUUAAAAAGAAAAGAGAAAUCUCCUCCCACAGUCUCCCCUGUACAAAGCCAAAUAGAACGGAAUUAAGAGGAUCAUGGCAGACUACAGAAUGUUGUUUAUAAUCUAUAUGAAUAUGACAGGUCUGUGGCUGUUUUAAGUCUGUAAGUUAUGCACGCAGCCCAGAUGAUAUCAAAAGUAGACAUUUUUGGUAAGAAAAUCCAGGGAUCAUUCCGAAGUAAAAAAAAAAAAAAAAAAAAAACAGAGCAAGAAAAACAACCCUCACCACCCAUGAUUUUUGGGAGGUGGUCUAAUGGGUGCUGACGUGACACAGCCCAACCCCUGCUAUAUCGUGAGAGGAAAAGUCCAGACGCAGAGAGAGAGAGAGAACAGAGUGGAUUCGCCGCCAGUCGGAGCGCGGACGCAUCAGGCGCGCAACAGGAGCGCCGGUCUCCAGAACGCACGACUGACGAAUGCACUGCAACCAAAUCGACUCAGAAGACUGGGUUAGUUUUAUUGUUAGGGGAAUGAGAUGUGGGGAAACAAACAUAUGGUCUUCUGAAGUGUGAGAGAGAACAGAACAAACUGUGUGCGGUCACGCGCAAAUGGAGACGAAUCGAACCACCCUGCUCUGAAAACAGACCUUCCACAGGUCCGUUACUGCAACUUAAGUUUCAAAUAAAGGAGUCGCCGAACCAGCAACCAAAAAUGAACCUCUCAGAGACCGACUGCGUGUAUGAGAACUUCACCAUGGCAGAGAAAGAGGAGCAGAAACUUUUAUUCGGCAUCGGCACGGAUAAUUUCAUUACACUGCUGGUCUUCGGGCUCAUCUUCACGCUCGGUGUUCUCGGGAACUCCAUGGUCAUCACCGUGCUGGCCCGGAGCAAACCGGGGAAACCGAGGAGCACCACCAACAUCUUCAUCCUAAACCUGAGUAUAGCGGACCUCUCCUAUCUGCUCUUCUGCAUCCCCUUCCAGUCCACCAUCUACAUGAUGCCGUCCUGGGUGUUGGGCGCGUUCAUCUGUAAAUUCAUCCACUACUUCUUCACCGUGUCUAUGCUGGUGAGCAUCUUCACACUCUCUGCCAUGUCCGUGGACAGAUACAUUGCCAUCGUUCACUCAAGAAAGUCCUCCACCAUCCGCGUGGCGAGGCACGCUCUGAUCGGAGUUGUGGUGAUCUGGAUACUUUCUCUGGCUAUGGCUGCGCCCAUCAUGUACUACCAGAACAUUUUCCACAGUGAUAAUUACACGUUCUGCUGGGAGAUUUGGCCAAAUGAGAACCACAAGAAGGUCUAUGUGGUCUGCACCUUUGUCUUUGGCUAUGUCCUACCCCUGCUGCUGAUUUCCUUCUGUUAUGCCAAGGUUUUAAAUCACUUGCACAAAAAACUAAGAAAUAUGUCCAAAAAGUCAGAGGCAUCAAAGAAAAAGACUGCUCAGACAGUGCUGGUGGUGGUGGUGGUCUUCUGUCUCUCCUGGCUGCCCCAUCAUGUGGUUCACCUGUGGGCGGAGUUUGGGAGCUUCCCACUCAACCAGGCGUCGUUUGUGUUACGGGUGGCCGCUCACUGCCUGGCGUACAGCAACUCCUCCGUCAACCCAGUUAUCUACGCCUUCCUGUCUGAGAACUUCAGGAAGGCCUACAAACAGGUGUUCAAGUGUCAGAUUGGCACCAGUGACUCUCCGCUCAUCGACAUUAAGGAGAUCCGCAGCAAAGCGGAGACGCCGCCUUCCACUAACUGCACCAAUGUUUGACUGACGAGGUGUGGAAGGCGAUGUGAAAACCAA